UCCAAGUUGUCCCGUCAUUAAACGGGGCGAGAGUGCACGACCCGUGUCGCGUGCAGUACCGACCAUGACGUGUGUGUUUUGAUGCCAGUCAUUGUAGCACUACCUCGGCGCAAGCACGCCAGUGCGCGGACCUUGGAUACGUUCGAUUACAAAAGUUGCAGAUAUGUCCACGACAAUGACCGUGGAGCCUGCCACGGUGCAGUUGCCAGCGCUGAAGAGGACGCGCGAGGCUGACUGGCCUGCUGUCCUGUUCUUCAUACACAUCCACUUGCUCUCGCUGUACGGCGCCUGGCUGGUGUUCACUGAAGCUAAGCUGUUGACAGUUUUACUGUUGGUUUUCCUGUCAUCACUCGCCACACUGGGAGUAACGAUCGGCUCGCACAGGCUGUGGACCCAUCAGACGUACAGAGCCUCGACGACAUUAAAAAUAACUCUCAUGCUAUUUCAAACACUGGCUGGACAUGGUUCAAUAUACGACUGGGUAAAAAACCACAGGUUCCAUCAUGCCCACUUCAAGACUGACGUGGACCCAUACGACUCAAGAAAAGGCUUUAUCUACGCACAUUUUGUUACUAGGCUACAGAAACUCAGCGAACAGCAGGAAUAUCUGAAAAACACGAUUGAUAUGACAGAUAUUGAAAAAGAUUCAGUUGUUAUGUUUCAAAAAAGGUUUUACUGGGUUUUUUAUGGCGUUUUAUUUCUUUUGUUGCCAAUUAACGCGCCCCUGGAAUACUGGAACGAUUCGAUAUUGAGUGCUGUUUUCGUAAUUGGUUUCCUACGCUACGCCAUUGUUCUGCAUUCCGCGUGGCUACUGGAGAGCGGAAUUUGCGUUUGGGGCCUUCAGGAAGGCGAAAAAUACCCUCCGGAUACAAACUUAGUGUUCAUCCUCUCAAAAUCAUACUGGCCGGAGUACCAUUACAUAUAUCCACACGACUACAAGUCAGGAGAAUACGGCACUUACGACUCAGGCUGUUCAACUGCUUUCAUCCGUGUGUUUGCCGCUCUGGGUGAAGCUACUCAUCUCCGUACUUUAGAAACAAAGACGCUACAAAAAGCCUUAGCUGUAUCGGCCAAAACCAAAAAACCGUUGACCGCGUGCAUUCAAGACGCCAUUGGUGAGCAGAUUUUAGCGAAAGAUCACUUCUUAAAAUCUGCAUGAAACUCGUAAAUAAACAUAUUUAUUAAGCU